UCACUAACCGGAAGUGCCCCCACGGGAGGAGGCGGUGCCUUUCCGCUCUCCACCAUCUACUUCCGGGGCGCCGCUGUCAGCUGCCCCCUGCCGCUCACACCGUCCGCGGGUCGUGCCCUGAGGCUGGAGGUGCCCGCGCCUCUGCUGGUAAACCCUUUUUGGGGCUGUUUGCCGCUAGGGCGGUGUAGGGGCGGUGUCUGCGGGGCUCCUCACCCGCAUCCGGGUCACCGGAUGCUUCCGGCUGAGCGACGGCGGGCCGCAGAGCAGGGAGGGACAGGCGCGGCCCGCGGAAUGAGGUGCCGUGACCUUCAGCGGUAGGAGGCGAUCCCACGGGCUGCCGAGGGUUCGGUGCCAGGCCAGGGCCGCGCCCGACCGCGCUGAGGUGUGCAGGCGGCGAUCCGGCAGUGCUGGGCGGCUCUGUUCUCCGCGGCUGCCCUCGGUGUCCCGGCUGGGGGAAGGUUUGCAGCAGAAGAGUUGCCAUUUCCGAAGAUUCUUAAUACCAGAUAAUCAACCUACUGCCCAAUAACCAUGGAAGAGACAAAGUAGCUUCCCAAGCCUGAGACAAACACUAAUUUCAAUGGAUACAAAAUAUAAAGACGAUUUAUUUAGAAAGUAUGUACAGUUCCAUGAAUGCAAACUGAGUGUCUCUGACAGCAAACAGCCUCCUAUUAAUGAUGAAUAUUUGCGUGUGGCAGCGUCAGCCUUAUUUUGCCUUCCCAAAAUUGAUCCCUUUUAUAGAUUCCGGUUGAUAAAAUUUUAUGAGAUGGCUGAAAACUCACUGAGAUCUCUGAAAUCCUCAAGUUUACAUUCUCUGCAUAAUGCAUUCAGCAUGCUCGAGACUCUUGGAAUUAAUCUCUUUCUAUAUCCCUGGAAAAAGGAGUUCAAACAUAUUAAGACCUACACCGGACCCUUUGUAUAUUAUGUAAAGUCUGCCCUCAUUGAAGAUGAUGUAAGGCAGAUUCUGAACUACAUGGGCUAUGUCCAAGAAGUGGGAACAAUGUAUAAGCUGAAAGAGCAGAUUGAUGCUAUUCAAGUGAAAAUGGUUUCAUUUGAACUCUUUUUGGCCAAAGUGGAAUGUGAGCAGCUUCUUGAAAUUCACUUACAAGUGAAAGAUAAAGGCUAUUUGGAGAUUGAUGUCAUAAAUGAACGAAAAAAUAGCAACGAAGAUACUAGAGGCUGCUCAGAAGCUAUGAAACGGCGGGCAGAAUGCAAAGAAAGCUUAAAUACUUCCAUGGCACGAAUGGUACUUCAGAAAUCAGCUAGUGAACGGGCCUCUAAGGAUUAUUUCAAGCCAAAAGUGAGCAAGCCUUCUAAAUCAGUAGACACAUAUGACAAUUAUUGGGAAAAUAAGAAACCACCAUUGAUGAGCUCACUGAGUCUCAGGAAAGAGCCAAUCUUAGUUGAUGCGGAAGAUGACAUCAAAGAUGAAAUUAUUCGUCCAUCAGCCUCUCUUCUGACCAUGUCAAGCUCUCCACAUGCAUGUUCAGAUGAAUUCUUGCCAACUUCAUCUCAUCCUAAUGGCAUGUUAAGAACAAAUGUCCCUUACAGCUCCUAUUUUUCUGCUCAAGAGGACUUAGAUUUAUAUACUGAUCCUGAUACUAGAAGUGUGUUAAAUUUUAAAAGGCAGGAAACUAUUAAGCCUGAUGUGUGGCUGUUAAAAAAUGAUGCCAACCCUGUUUACCACAAACGCACCCACCUAGCCAAAGAGACAGCUUCCCUCAAGUGCCAAAACUGUGGCGUACCUUGCGGGGCUUCUGUUUGCCAGAAGUGUGACAAUCUGUUCAACUCCAGGCAGGACUACCCAGUAGUGAAACAGAGCACCUAUUCCAUCAAACCACUUCCAAAUGAUGGCUUAUCUCCUGCCUCUGCUUUAAGAGAGAAACCUCAGUACACAUCACAGACUCAAAGUCAAGAGAGAGCUUCUCAAUUCAGCUUAAAAUCCAAACCUGCAAGCACCUCACGCUGUGGCUUUUGUAACCGAUCGGGAGCUGCAAAUACUUGCAUGUUUUGUUCAAAAGUCUCAUGUGACGCUUGCCUCAAUGCUUACUACUAUGAUCCCUGCUGUAGAAAAAGUGAGCUUCACAGAUUCAUGCCUAACAAUCAGUUAAACUAUAAAUCAACCCAACUGUCCCAUGUUGUUUAUAGGUAGACUUGAUUGGUCCAUUUUGAAGGGGAAGGGAAAGGGCUACUUAAUGUUCUGAUGCCACUGAUGAGAAGAAAAACACUGACCUCUUACAAAAUUGACAUGCCCAAAUAUUUGGAACAUGGUUCAGUGAUCAGGUGCCAGUACUUGAUUUUUGUGGCUUAAUAAAUGCUGCAGAUAUGAUUUCAUGCUGCUAUUAUUUAGGUAACUCCUAAAUCAUAAUUAAUUCUCAAUUUAAAUGAGGGAAAAGAGCACUUUUUUUAAAAAUAAUAUCUUGGCAGCUGUUGCAUUAUAGAAAAGUGACAUCACGCAUUUCACACCAUUUUAGUCUUCUCUUUGCCCGAAUGAAGCCACGUGAGGCUCUGAGAAUUAAGAUUCACAUUUUCUGUGGGUGUUGAACUACUGCCGCUUCUUGGUAAAGUAUGACUCUCAAAUGUGCAAGAAACAUGUGAAUAGCUUGUUUUGCCAACAAGGACUAUUUUUCAAAGCGUCUGCCUUUUGUUGAUCUCCAAAAUGCAAACACCACAGCAUCUCUUUUCAUCUUCGUUUCUUCCUUCUUUCCUUAUGACCCAGUUGUUUAUCUCGAACUUAUAUAAUCUAAACAAUGUGUGCUUUAUUUUCUAGAUUUGCCAAUAUCAUCCUGCUGGUUUUUUUUUUUUUACUGUUUGGCAUUUUAAAAAGGUGAACUUGUAUUCGUGUCACUUAAAUUUUGCCUAGUGUUGUCCUUCCUGAUGAGUACUCUCUUCACUUUCUGUUGCACAUGUAUUAAAUGCUGUUCUUUGUACUGUAAACAGGUAAUUUGGAAACAGUUUAUUUUUAAUAAAUAUUUAAUAUGUUGA